AUGCGUGCAAAUGCGGACCGCCUUCCUUAUCCCCGUCAGGCGGCGUUGUCUGUUGCUUGGUCCUGCCCCGAAUCUCCUUGCCUUUCCUCCCCAACUCUUCUGUCCGUUCUAUCCUCAACUGAAUCCCCCCCCCCCCCUCCCUCCCUCCCUCCCUCCCUCCCUCCCUCCCUCCCUCCCUCCCUCCCUCCUCCCUCCCUCCUCCCUCCCUCCCUCCCUCCCUCCCUCCCUCCCUCCCUCCCUCCCUCCCUCCCUCCCUCCCUCCCUCCUCCCUCCCUCCCUCCCUCCCUCCCUCCCUCCCUCCCUCCCUCCCUCCCUCCCUCCCUCCCUCCCUCCCUCCCUCCCUCUCUCCCUCCCUCCCUCCCUCUCUCCCUCCUCCCUCCCUCUCUCCCUCCCUCCCUCCCUCUCUCCCUCCCUCCCUCCCUCCCUCCCUCUCUCCCUCCCUCCCUCCCUCCCUCCCUCCCUCCCUCCCUCCCUCCCUCCCUCCCUCCCUCCCUCCCUCCCUCCCUCCCUCCCUCCCUCCCUCCCUCCCUCCCUCUCUCCCUCCCUCCCUCCUCCCUCCCUCUUCCCUCCCUCCCUCCCUCCUCCCUCCCUCCCUCCCUCCCUCCCUCCCUCCCUCCCUCCCUCCCUCCCUCCCUCCCUCCCUCCUCCCUCCCUCCUCCCUCCCUCCCUCCCUCCCUCCCUCCCUCCCUCCCUCCCUCCCUCCCUCCCUCUCUCCCUCCCUCCCUCUCCUCCCUCCUCCCUCCCUCCCUCCCUCCCUCCCUCCCUCCCUCCCUCCCUCCUCCCUCCCUCCCUCCCUCCCUCCCUCCCUCCCUCCCUCCCUCCCUCUCUCCCUCCCUCCCUCUCUCCCUCAAUCCCUCUCUCCCUCCCUCCCUCCCUCCCUCUCUCCCUCCCUCCCUCUCUCCCUCCCUCCCUCCCUCCCUCCCUCCCUCCCUCUCUCCCUCCCUCUCUCCCUCAAUCCCUCUCUCCCUCCCUCCCCAUCCCUCCCGCUGUGCAACUCCCAUCCCUCGUUCCGAAACCAACAGUCGUGACGUGCUGAUAUCGAGUCAGGUCAUCACCUGCGAAGUCCUCAAGGUUCUCAUAGCCCUCACAGCCAUGUUCCUGGACGGCUCUCUCUUCACCGUCUGGCGCAACUGGCACCUGCUGGACUCGUUAGAAGCUGCUGCGGUACCAGGCCUGCUGUACGCCGCCCAGAACACGCUCAUUCAGGUGGCCCUGCGCCACCUGGACUACCUGACGUUCAACCUGCUGAACCAGACGAAACUCCUCUUCACCGCUCUCUCCAACUAUCUGUUUCUAAGAAUCCGCCAGACCCGGGUGCAGAUCGUCGCCCUCUGCAUGCUGCUCGUCGCCGCCACGCUACUCACCCUCAGCCCAGGCCCUGCUUCUGGUCCGGGGCCUAAACCUGGCCAGACUCACGGAGCGAGUGCAGCAGGGGAGGCGCCGCCAUCUAUGGCUGCUGGCGCGGCUGCCACUGCUGCUGCGGCGGCGGCUAUUGUAGCAGCAGGCGUGGCCUGGGAGAGAGUGGCGCUGGGAGUGGUGCCGGUGCUGGUGGCGUCUGUGACCUCUGGGCUGGGAUCAACGCACAACCAGUGGCAAGUGCAGGUCAAGAGGCGCAGCCCACAUCUAUUCACCAUCGAGAUGUGUUCCCUCACGUCCCUCGUCCUGCUCGUCUCUCUCUUCACUUCCCAAGACGGCGCCCGCAUGUUGCAACUCGGCUUCUUCCACGCAUGGACGCCACUCACCAUCGUAAGAAGCAUCAAGUCGUGCUUGCUCCCCUUUCUUGCCACUGUGCGUGCACCAUCAUGCAUGCACAUCACUGUUCCUAUCCUCUCCUUCCAAGACGCUGCUGCUCGCAUGUUGCGCCCCGGCUUCUUCCACGCCUGGACGCCCCUCGCCAUAAUGACAUACUGCAGUAUGCUCUCGACUCUACGGCAUGGCGGUCUGCUGGUAACCGCCAUACUGCAGUAUGCUCUCGACUCUACGGCAUGGCGGUCUGCUGGUAACCGCCGGUCUGCUGGUAACCGGCACGCCUCUCCCCAUGCCGCUCUCCCCAUGCCGCUCUCCCCAUGCCGCUCUCCCCAUGCCGCUCUCCCCAUGCCGCUCUCCCCAUGCCGCUCUCCCCAUGCCGCUCUCCCCAUGCUGCUCUUCCCCCCCCUCCCCCUCUUCUCCCCAUGCUGCUCUCCCCCCCCCCACCCCCUCUUCUCCCCAUGCUGCUCUCUCCCCCCCACCCCCUCUUCUCCCCAUGCUGCUCUCCCCCCCCCCACCCCCUCUUCUCCCCAUGCUGCUCUCCCCCCCCCACCCCCUCUUCUCCCCAUGCUGCUCUCCCCCCCCCCCACCCCCUCUUCUCCCCAUGCUGCUCUCCCCCCCCCACCCCCUCUUCUCCCCAUGCUGCUCUCCCCCCCCCCCACCCCCUCCUCUCCCCAUGCUGCUCGUCCCUUCUCUCAACCCACACUCCUUCCCUCACAGGGUUUCACAGUGAUAGCGGAUCUGCUGGUAACCUCUAGUGCAGGGUUCACAGUGAUAGCCGGUCUGGUGGUAACCGCCAUAGUGCAGUAUGCUCUCGACGGCACACCUCCCUCCCUCUUUGUGUGGCUGGCCCUCCCCCUCACCGUCCUUAGCACCUACCUCUACUCCUCCUCCGCUGCUCCCUCUCCUGCUGCUGCGACUAAGAAGAGCAAGGAGCUCUAA